CUCAUCUCCACCCUUGAACAGCUCUCUUUAUUCUCUCUUUUAUAUAUAUGAUCUCUCACAUUGAUCGGAGUUUCAAACGAAACCCAUCAGACUCUGUGUCCUUAAAUACCCCUCCUCUGUUUUCAUCACUCCAUCAAAAAAUGGCCUUGUUUAGAGCAGUACUCCUGAGCCUGACUGUCACAGCCAUUCUGGUCAAGUUAGCCAUCGGAAAGAAUCACACGGUCGGAGGAGCAAGCGGGUGGGAUCUAAGCUCUAACUUACAGUCGUGGGCGGCAGGCGAAUCAUUCCAUGUCGGAGACAAUCUCAUUUUCAAAUACUCGCCGCCGCACGAUGUGAUUGAGGUUACAAAGGCCGACUACGACUCCUGCCAGGCAACCAGCGCAGUCAAGGUUUACACCGACCUCAACACUGUGAUCACAUUAAACUUGCCAGGCAAUAGAUAUUUCAUAUGUGGAUUCCCAGAACAUUGUGGCCAAGGAAUGAAGCUUCUAGUUCAAACUCUGGCUACUUCUACUGCCAUCCCUCCAACAGCAACUUCUCCUUCCACCUUACCAAAUGUAGCCGCCCCUCCAUUACCAAAGCUUGCCAGCCCUCCACCACAUGCUAUAUCAAAUCCUCCUUCCACUUUACCAAAGAUAACCACCCCACCAUUGCCUGGUAUCCCUCCAUUGACCCCCCACUCAUUGCCACCACUUGGAUCUGCUGCUCCUAAAGUGUUCUCCAUCUUGCCCCCUUCCAACUCUCCUGCUUCUGGAUCUUCUACCACACCACCUCCUCCCUCGUCAGCUAACAGAGGCCAUUUAUUGUCAAAGCUCACUACUGGGAUAUGGUUUGGAAUGUCAAUGCUCCUAGCACUCUAAGCGUGUUUGUACCCUCUACAGGUCUAACUUGGCCAUGCGACAAGCGAACUUUUAUUGAAAACAAUGUCUCAGCCGGCAGAUUCAAGAAAAAUGGAAAUACCUCAAUAGUGGGUUCUUGUAAUUUUAUUGAAAAGUACAUCAUUCACUUAACAAUCAUAUCCCCUUGUUUCAAACUAAUAAUACUCAUGAGAUGAGUGCAAGGUUUUCUAUCACAUCUACUCAUCAUAUCUGCUACUUAACAAGAAAUUAUGAUAUGGUGCAUGC